GAAGAGCGAUUUCGAAGGUAUCCUAUAGAGUCACUUCUACAGUAAUUACUUUGAUUUUUUAUCAAUUAAAAUGUAGGACGAUGUCUAGUGCUUUGAUUGAUGUUAGUGGUGCGGAAAAGGGUAUAGAAGCAUUGGAUUUGGUUGGACUGGCUGAAGAUGUGUACGAUAUCAUCAAAGACAUUCAUGAUCCUGAGAAACCAGAGACCUUGGAAGAGUUGAAUGUUGUAACAGAGGAGGGAAUCACAGUGGAGCCAUUUCAUAACAAUGAGACUUACCUGAUAAGAAUUCAGUUUACUCCAACUGUGCCUCAGUGCUCCCUUGCAACACUUAUAGGACUUUGCAUCAGAGUAAAACUUGAGAGGUCACUGCCAUAUAAACAUAAGUUGGACAUAGUAAUAACUGAAGGCUCUCAUUCCACAAGAGAAGACACAAUGAAGCAGAUUAAUGACAAGGAGAGAGUAGCAGCAGCGAUGGAGAACCCAAACUUGAAAGAGCUAGUUGAACAGUGCAUCAAGGAUUCAGAUUAUUAGCCUUAUCCAUUGCUUUGACAUUGCCAUAAACAGUGGCUGUAUGUGUAUGUUUUAUGAUACCCACUAUUUUGUGUUUGUGUGCAUGAGAGAGGAGAGAGAGAGAGAGAGAGAGAGAGAAUACUGAAGUAAGAGAAAGAGAGAUUGUUAAUUAUGAUAUUUCACUGAAGAUGAGUGAUUUUUAGUUUGCACUGUGUCACCUUUCAUGAACAAUAUACUUAACUCCUCCAAUUUUGUCCAGCAGUGGUAUAAUGUUAAUAACAGAACACUGUUUCAUUGGACCAAGUAUGAUGAAAGUAUGGUGAAUUAUAGUAUCUUGUGCAAUUUUUAAUAGAAAGUUUUAACUUGUUGGCUUUGCCUGCCUGAAAUUGAUUUUUCACCAAGAAAUUGUUAAUUUUGAUAAGCAUAUUAUGUUUUUGGUGUUUUGACUACAAAGGUAUAUCAAGGUUGUGAAGGGCAAACAGUAAUGCAUGAUAUGGUUGCAUAUUGUAUCCACUGAUUUUAUUUUAAAAUCAUGAAGCUAAGUUUAGUAUAUUGAGGUAAUGUUUUCAAAGAACUAUUGAAAAUUAUCUGUUUAAAUGUAGAGCUAGGAACAUUAUGCCUGUAUAAUAACUCUCUCUACCAGAGUAUAGCUGAGUGAUAAUGUCAAUUCUGGGCAAAAAUUCCUACUGGUCACAGUACAAAAAUGUGCACAGAGGUACCCAAAGGAAUUGUCUGUAAAUAUCUAGUGCAAAAUCAAUCUGUAGCCCAGGUUCUUUAGAUUAAUUUAAAAUGGGAACUUCAAGUUUAACCUUUAUGCCUAUGCUGGGGCUAACUUUACGUCAAGAUAUUUACACGAAAGAAAAUCUAAGCAGUUAGCUUAUGACAAAAGUUCAACAUACUCAUUAAAAAUAAGAUAACAUA